GUGCUUUUUGGAUAUCCUUAGUUCACUUUGGUAGUAGAGCAGUCUCGGAUACAUCUGUAAAAAUGCAGAUUUUGGCGAUUUUACUUGUUUUUACAUGUGCUUGUGGUGCAUUUACCGCAAGAGUUGCGAGACAAGCCCCGUCGGAAGGCGGUUCAGAGCCAUGGUGGCAGAAUACAGCUAUACCUGAGGAUGUUAGACAAAUGCUAGCAAGUUCCACCAUUAUACCGGCAGAUGAUAAAGGCGCGGAACAGUCUACAGAAGCCACUGUUGCUCCUGAAGUUGAAAUCGAUGGUCCAGAUCCUAAUGCCAAUCCCUCCGCUGAAACUGCUGGGGAUCAACUGAGUGCUGAUUCAAGUUCUUCCGUGGAAGGCGGUGAUCAGCCAAGUUCAGAUGCUAGUGCAUCUGCUGAAGCAGGUGAUCAAACAGACGCCAAUACUUCCGCUGAAGGAGGUGACCAGUCAGGCGUUGAUGCUGGUUCUGCUGAAGGAGGUGGUCAGUCAGGCACUGAUGCUGGUUCUGCUGAAGGAGGUGACCAGUCAGGCGCUGAUGCCGGUUCUGCUGAAGGAGGUGACCAGUCAGGCGCUGAUGCCGGUUCUGCUGAAGGAGGUGACCAGUCAGGCGCUGAUGUCGGUUCUGCUGAAGGAGGUGACCAGUCAGGCGCUGAUGCCGGUUCUGCUGAAGGUGGUGACCAGGCAGGUGCUGAUGUUGGUUCUGCUGAGGGUGGUGACCAGGCAGGUGCUGAUGCUGGUUCUGCUGAGGGAGGUGAUCAGUCAGGCACUGAUGCUGGUUCUGCUGAGGGAGGUGAUCAGUCAGGCGCUGAUGCUGGUUCUGCUGAGGGAGGUGAUCAGUCAGGCGCUGAUGCUGGUUCUGCUGAGGGAGGUGAUCAGUCAGGCGCUGAUGCUGGUUCUGCUGAGGGAGGUGAUCAGUCAGGCGCUGAUGCUGGUUCUGCUGAAGGAGGUGAUCAGUCAGGCGCUGAUGCUGGUUCUGCUGAAGGAGGUGAUCAGUCAGGUUCUGGUUCCAGUUCUGCUGAAGGAAGCGAUCAAUCGGGAGCUGAUGCCAAUGCUUCCGUUGAAGGAGGUGAUCAAUCAGACGAUGGUUCCAAUUCUGAUGAAGCCGGUGACCAAUCAGGCUCUGGUUCCAGUUCUGCUGAAGGAGGAAACCAAUCAGGCUCUGGUUCGAGUUCUGCUGAAGGAGGCAACCAGUCAGGCUCUGGUUCCAGUUCUGCUGAAGGAGGCAACCAGUCAGGCUCUGGUUCCAGUUCUGCUGAAGGAGGCGAUCAAUCAGAUACUGGUUCCAGUUCUGCUGAAGGGGGCGAUCAGUCAGGCUCUGGCUCCAGUUCUGCUGAAGGAGGCAACCAGUCAGGCUCUGGCUCCAGUUCUGCUGAAGGAGGCAACCAGUCAGGCUCUGGCUCCAGUUCUGCUGAAGGAGGAAACCAGUCAGGAUCUGGUUCCAGUUCUGCUGAAGGAGGCGAUCAAUCAGGCUCUGGCUCCAGUUCUGCUGAAGGAGGAAACCAGUCAGGAUCUGGUUCCAGUUCUGCUGAAGGAGGCGAUCAAUCAGGAUCUGGUUCUAGUUCUGCUGAAGGAGGCGAUCAAUCGGGCUCUGGUUCCAAUUCUGCUGAAGGAGGCGAUCAGUCAGGCUCUGGUUCCAAUUCUGCUGAAGGAGGCGAUCGGUCAGGCUCUGGUUCCAAUUCUGCUGAAGGAGGCGAUCAGUCAGGCUCUGGUUCCAAUUCUGCUGAAGGAGGAAACCAAUCAGGCUCUGGUUCCAGUUCUGCUGAAGGAGGAAACCAGUCAGGCUCUGGUUCCAGUUCUGCUGAAGAAGGCAACCAGUCAGGUUCUAGUGCGAGUUCUGCUGAAGGAGGUGAUCAACCAAGCUCUAAUGAUAAUUCUGCCGAUGAGAGACCGAUAUCUAAACCAACAAAACGACCUCACAAAAAACCCACAAGAAAACCAAAGCCGCAAGAUCCUGAAAAGAAGAUUAAAGGCUUGAAUAUAGGCUUGUUUUAUAUUUUGCAGAACAUAAGAAGAAAUUUGGCUUACGGCAGACCUGUUUCAAAUGAGCUUCUCAUAAAGGUUCUAGUAAUGAAUCUGAAGAUCAAGCAGGCUGGUGGCGAAGUUGAGGAAAGGAACAAAGAAUUAAUGAAACUUCUAUCUGAUCUUUUACCUUCUUCUUUCAAAGAUGCCAUCAACUCUUAAUGUGUAAAGUGUUUUAAAAGUGUAAAGUGAUACAAAAGAAAUGGACAUUCUCCGCCCAUUUAUUUCCAUUUUUCAUUUUUAAUUUCUGUAUAAUAAAUGCAUACUUAAAAAUUA